UGAUCUAGGCAGAGGACAGCAGCUCAGAAGCUUCAAUUUGGUCAAGGCUCCGCGUCACGCAUAUCUGUCUAUUCGUGGCACGCGCAGAAAGCGAACAGACAAUUAAAAGCGACGAGAACAUCAUUCUGCGCCUCUCUCUCACCAUGAGAACGACCUACCUCACAACACUGAAGACGGCUUUCAACCCGUUUCAAGUCAACUCAAGAGUCCCUCGGUUGUUCCUCAACCUCCUUCCACCCGCGGCGCACAAGACCAUCAAGAUCACUACCGCGCAAUUUCCUCGGAGUUCCACAGCCCCAGCUACGCUGGAGAUCGGCCUUAAAGAUGGCAAGACCAUGAGCUACAGCUGGGCCACGGACAUGGCGGCAAAUACCGAAGGAAAAGCACAGAAGGUGAAGAGGGUCAGUCUGCAGGACAUCGUGGAAGAGGUGAACAGGCAUGCGCGGGCAUUGGACCGCAAAGAAGAACUUUCUGGGUGAUCGCAUCGGCAUGUAAGGAGAGUCUUCAGGUCUACGAUAUCGAUGUUACUGGGACCGCCGCUCGCCGCCAGCGUCAUGGUGACCGUUCUUGCGUUAGCUCGAAGUUCAGACGAGCUUUGCUUGACAAGGAGGGCGCUAGAACAGGUUUGCGAGGAUCCCGCAGAAGAUGUCUGCAGGCGACCGGCAAUACUGAAUCUGACUGUAUUAACAGCGAGACCCCUACUCGCCCCAGUCAAGCAUUAGGAGGUAUGAAGUGCAGGCUUUGGCAGGAGGACGAGACGAGGGAGCAUAUUCAGCCAUGUAUAUGUACCUUAUGUCCAAUUAUGAAGGAUAGAGGCGCCGGAGCAGGAAGUACUGUGUAAGAUGAAACCAAAGAUGUUGCCG